UCAUAUCGCAUUUCAAUGGCCAAUCUCGAGGAAACACAAGAGUCCGAACUUGAUGUCAUUUUGGGAGAGCUGAGCCUCUUGGAGGCCCAAAUUGCCGCUGGCGAUGCCAAUUUCCUACCAGCUGCCGGCGCCCCGGGGGCCAUGUGCACGCCCUCCUCAACUCGAACACAUUCACGCACAAAUUCCACCAUAUCCGGAGCCACCUCGAUAUCGGGAGCCUCGGAGGCUGGUAGCAGCAACAGCAGCAGUACUUCACAUUCAUUAUGUUCCUCAUCGGGUGUAUCGGAAAACGGUAGCCAUGUCAGCAGCAGCAACACUCAUCAGCAUCAUCAUCUGAUGCAACAACAUCAUCAUCAGCAUCCUUCGACAACAACAACAAAUAAUAAUGGUCCUACAACAACACAACUAAGAGAACCACGUACUGAAUCUCCGGACAAUGAUUCGGCAUUUAGUGACACGGUAUCACUGCUCUCCAGUGAAUCUUCCGCUUCAUCGGGUAUGAGUUCGGCACUGCAGCAUCAUAAACGACUCAACCAACAUCAACCUGUCUUACCCUUAUCGGGCAAUACGAAGGCGGCCAAAAUCCAAUUGGCCCUCCACAAACUGGAAACGGCACCCAUACGCCGCCUCUUUGUCAAGGCAUUUACCUCGGAUGGAGCCUCGAAAUCACUGCUAGUUGAUGAACGUAUGACAUGCGGGCAUGUAACACGUUUAUUGGCCGAUAAAAAUCAUGUACAAAUGCAACCGAAUUGGGCUUUAGUUGAGAAUUUAGGCGAUUUACAAAUGGAACGUCUAUUUGAAGAUCAUGAACUAUUGGUGGAUAAUCUAAUGACCUGGAAUUCAGAUGCUGGCAAUCGUGUACUGUUUCAACAACGUUCGGAUAAGGUGUCACUUUUCAUACGCCCUGAGUUGUAUUUACCCGGCCCGCAAAUGGCACCGGGCAGUCAACAUGAUGAACAUACCCGUUCUAUGCUGUUGGAGGAAUUUUUCGAAACCAACACCGAGAUACAAGUUGAUGGUCCCCUUUACAUGAAGGCUGAUCCCAAAAAGGGUUGGAAACGUUAUCAUUUUGUGUUGCGCAGUUCGGGCCUAUACUAUUUUCCCAAAGAGAAAACCAAAAAUGUACGGGAUCUAAUGUGCCUGACCUUGUUCAAUGGCUAUAAUGUUUAUAGGGGUUUGGGGUGGCGCAAGAAAUGGAAGGCACCCACCGAUUAUACUUUUGGCUUUAAGUCGGCAGUCGAUUCGAGUUUGGGUAAAUCAUGUCGCACCUUGAAAAUGUUGUGUGCCGAAGAUUUGGAGACCAUGGAGAAAUGGUUGACAGCCAUUCGGGUGGCAAAAUAUGGUAAACAGCUGUGGGAUAAUCACAAGUCCCUGAUGGAGGAAUUGACCAUGGGUGGUGAUGGUAUAUCGCAGAGUAGUUUUGCUGUGUCGAUGCGUAGCGAAUCGAUUAGCAGCAUUUCAUCGGCGGUACCAUCACAGUGUGGCAGUGUUAGCUCGGCUAUUUCGAGUAUGUCAGCCUCAAGUGGUGGUCGGGUGUCGAGAGCAUCCUCCUCUUCCUCAAGUGGUUGUUUGUCGGAUGAUAAUAAUGGUUUUGAUUCGGAAUUUACCACGGGUACUAUAAAACGAAAGCCAUCAAUGAAACCCAAUUUGCCCUUGACCACCAUGACCCGACAGCUGAAGGAGGUGGGUGAAAAUACCCAGGCUGAUAAUGAGGAUAUGAAUAAUACCUCACCGGAACAUAGCGGUACUUUGACUAGGCGUCAUAGUCGCCGUAAGUCUCAAGAAUCGAAUGGUAGUGGCACUUUGAAGAGACGUCCUGCCGGAGCAGCCACAGCGGCCAUUAUGACCGGUCUGACAAAGAGAGGUUCUGCGGAGAGUAUGAAUGCAAAUAAUUCAUCGGGUUCCUCAAAUUCCACACCCACUCCAACGCCAAGUAUUUGUGCAAAGCCAUUGGUGGGGGUGAGUUCGGGAGGCUAUGGGGGCCAGCAGGAUAAUAGCCAAUUGCCACCACCACCACCUCCCUCGGUGUUGAACAGUGUGGUAGCUGGAGCGGAUGCCAUGAGUUGUUCGACCUUGUCAUUGGAUUCAUUGCCACCACCACCACCGCCGGCAGCCUUAGAUGAAGUUCAGCAGGAUGUGUAUGGUUCGCAGUUGUCACUGGUGUCAUUGCCGCCACCACCACCACCAGAGGAGGUGCCAUUGACUCCGACCACACCCACAGCCAGUAAUGGGGGUCUGUAUUCAAUGGUGCCGGGCGGUGGUUCCAAAAUACCACCACCUGCCGUGCCAGCCAAGCCCAUUAAGCCAGCCGUCAAGGCUGCACCGCCAUAUAAAAAUCCACCAGAUUACAAGGGUUCAUUGGCCAACAAUCAAGCGCUACCACCUCCACCACCCCCAGCAACCACCACGACGACGACAACACAAAAGAAAGUCUCCUUUGCCGAUUCGCCCGUAUUGCUGCGAAGAAAAAUGCAUUCUCCCGAACCUCAAGAGCCCUUCUAUUCUCCCGGCCCCCUGCCACCACCAAGAAACGAUCUCACAAGGCUCUCGAAUUGUUCAUCAACCAUUUCAUCGGUAUCACAACAAGACUAUGGUUCCCCAAAACGCCUACAAGAAUCGAAUUCGAAUCCGCCGCGCGACUUCCUCAAAGAUCUGCAAAGGGUAAUGCGUAAAAAAUGGCAAGUGGCACAAAAGUGUAAAUUGGAACCGGCCACAACACCCCAUGAGGUAUUGGGUUUUCGUGAUUUCUCCUCGGAGGAGUUGCUGGCCCAUAGCCUUAACUCGAAUUCGCAUUUCUAUCGGGAAACUGCCAAUGUUAGUAAUUGGGUACAGGAACACUAUGGGGCAGGAUUGCCAUGCGAACCACCACCACCAUUGAAUGAAUAUGCCCUCUAUGAGAAUAUACAUGCGAAUAAUAGUAAUAAUCAAGCGGCGGCGGCGAUGGCGGGACAAAUGGCACCCACUAUGGAAAAUCAGCAACAGCAGCAAUAUGCCCAGCUGCUUAUGGGUAGUAGCAGUAUGCCAGCACCACCUCCACCAUUAGCCACCAGUAUGGAUAUGUCAAAACGUAAUAAACGGCCACCGCCUCCACCACCCAAACGAAGUGAUUCCACACAUCUGACACAUCGUGUUUAGUCUUUUCUGGGUACGUGCUUUCGGGCACGGGGU